AUGGUCGCGCAGAAGAGGAGGUAUCUGCUUUUCGAGGUCCUUUACGCCUCGAAGCCCUCGCGGGCAGCCCCUGUUGAGGAGCUGGCCUCGGAGAUUAAGGAGGCCUUUGUUUCCAACUGGGGCGUAUUGGCUGAGGGUCAGGGCAACUUGCGGCUGCUCUACUGGAGUCCCGCGAUUCACCUGGGUGUGGUCCGCUGUGCUACGCACCUUGCGAGCCAACUUCGUGCCACUCUGACGAUGAUGACACUCCUUGGAGGUGUGCCCGUGCAGCUUUCUGUUCACCUGCUGACAGGAGAAGUCCAAAAUGCACUUCGAUGCGGCAGAGAGCUGCUGUGCAGGUGGCAGCGGGCGGCGCUAGAGCGUGCCGGACCUGCCGAGCAAGCUGCGGUUCGCCAGGGCUUCGAGACAGAGCUCCGCUUGCUGGCCGAGGUGAAGUCCAGCCACGUUGCUGCCUUUGGACGGGAGGUCUUUUCCGAGUGCAAAAGGCGCAUUGAGGUGGAGGCUGCCCUUCGACGAGUUUGUCAGCGCGCAGAUGAUCGCCUUGCGGACGCAAAAUGCGGUGGUAACGUGAAGCUUUUCAGCAAGACAGCACCCAUGACCAUCAUGAUCCUCCAGCUUCCGGCACGAGCAUACCUGGCCUGCAGCGAUGCGGUGAGGGCUGCACCUUCCCCGUGCGUCGGGGAUAUGAAGCCGCGGACGCCAGGAAGUUCAGAGCGCCUUGAGCGCCGUCUGGAGGCAGAAAAGAAAAAGAAAGCGCUGGCCAAAGCAGCAAGUGGUGGCGGCUCGGAGCCUCCGCCUGCGGCUCCUGCUGUGGUGCUCCGGCGGCGGGCCUCCCUGGCCCUGCGUCAGGUGAUCGUGAGUGGGACGGAGACAGCGCUGAAGGUAAGGACGGGAGGCUUGGUUCAGGAUUUCUUGCGCAGAGAUGAGGAAGCAGGCAGACUGCUCGGCGACGAUUCCAAUCGCUGCUUAAUUGAUUCUUCGGGAAGCGAGGAUGAUGCUGCGAAGGACGCAUCGCCGACCUCCCCCAGUGAUCGGAAGGAUCGAAGGCGGCAAGGCAUCUUCGCCGACCGUUCCUUCUGGCGCCGGGCCAGGCAGAUCGCAUGUUUCGAGUACACCUGCGAGCGGCUCCGGAACAAUGUGAACACCUUCUGGAAGGAGCAGUUAGCGGAUGCCGUUGAUGGACGAGAGCGUGCACGUGCACAGGCUAAAGAGAUUUAUUUGGUCGUGUGCCGUCUCCGUGGCCUUCAGGAGGCUGUGAACCGACAGUGCGAGUUGUUGGCCUUCCGGCAUGCUCUGCGGGAUCGCCGAGAGGCUGAGGCCGCGCUGACCACGAAGCUCCACAGGCAGUUCCGUGCUGGCGACAAUGGGCCACAUGCCUUCUGGAGCAUCUACCACAAGGAAGACAGCAAGUGGAUGCUUCCGGCUCCGUCCUCCAUUGCGGGCAAGCAGGAACAGAAGGAGACCUUCAAACCAGCCUACAACAGGCAGCUUCCCGAUGCCAAGCUCGUCGCAAACCCCGGAGCCAACCAGGAGCCAGAGCAUUCCAGCCACGGCCACGCCUCCCUCAACUCGAAGCGCUCGCAGGCAGCGCGCAAAGUCAUUCAGCAUCGGCGGGACAUCAACCAAAAGCGCCUCCCGGCCGUGACCGAGGUGUCGUCCAAGCCGCGGCGGCCAUCUCUUCCCGAGGUGGAUCACUUCGACUUGGAGUCACGCCCAGGUACUCGUCAGGAGCGAGGAUACUUUGACCUUGGUCGGUUUCUUGAACCCACCCGUCGAGCGAAGCGUCCCAAAGGCCUGCGUCCAGAGAGCCGAUCCGUGCCGGCGCUGCCACAGCUGGGGAGUCGUGAGCGCAGCAGGCACGGUGGGAGCAAAGGUGGGAUGGGCGAGACGAUGGGGUCAACGACUUCUUCGGGCUCCAGCUGGUGGAAUCCAAAUGCGGAUGCCAAGCCCCGACGGAGUGUCAUGACGCCCGUGCUGGAGGAGACCGCUAUGAGCGUAUCCAGGUCUCUCCCAGACCUCGCCUCCCGGCCAGCGCUGAGAAUGCCGCCCUUCUCUCUCGAGGCAGUGGCAGAGCCCUUCAUGCAGCCUUGGCAGUCCGAGGUCCGCACGCAGACUGGAACGCGAGAGCCCGAAGCAGAGGAAGAUUCUGCCACGAUGCACUACAUCCGCGUUUGCAACGCAACCGGCGUCGUCCCGACUGCUGCGGUGCUGGACAUGGUGCGCAGCCAUGCCAUCAGCAGCGGAAGCGAAUUCUUGUUAGAUGAUGAGUUGCUGGCCAUGUCGACAAUGAUUCGCUAUUUGGACCGAAUCAAAGAGGUGGGGCUGGCAGGAAGCACCCAGCUCAGCGACGCUGUCCUCAACACCUUCUUGCAGAAGCUGUUCGGUCGACCGGCGAUGGAUUCGUUGGAGAAGCUGGACCUUGCACGCUGCCGCGGCGCAGGUCCGAGGGCGAUGGCCACCAUCGUUGGCUUGCUGGGGGAGAGCAGUGGCCUCUUCAAGCUGAGACACCUGGACGUCAGCGGCAUCAAGAUCUCAAGCAAUACAUUGACAUCACUCUGCAGUGCUGUGCAUCUGCAUCCGGCCAUCAGAUGUCUCCGGCUUCAAGAUACGGGCCUUGGCCACCAUCCUGCAGCCGCGAGCUGCUUGCAGGAUGUCCUCAAUGCACCAGCACUGGAGGUCCUGGGCCUCGGCUGGAACAGCUUCUCUGAAGAUGCUUUGCGGUCGCUGGGUGAUAUGCUUGCCAGCCACAAGCGAUUACGCGAGCUCCACCUUCCCAAUUGUGACUGCCGUGCGCGGGUCGUCUCCCAGCCCUCCAUGCACAUCUUCCUUGAAGGUUUGGGACGGAAUAGCAGCCUCACCAUGCUGGAUCUCUCCAUGAAUCGGCUGACGUCGACAAGCGCGCUGGUCCUGGAGGACUCCUUGGCCAAGCACACCAAGUUGCAGGAGCUGUUCGUGGGACAGAACCCCUUUGGCGUGCAUGGGUUGAGGUGCCUCUUUCGCCUGCUGGGACAACCCACGUGUGGCCUGAAAAUGCUCGAUGCCGUGGGAUGCCAAGGUACCAGCGACGAGAGCCGCUUUGCAGAGGGCCACUGUGGCUACAGGGCGAGCGAGCCCUCCGGGCACUACAAGCUGGAUCUGACUCUGUGCCAUGGCAGAUCUUUGCUUCGCCUGCUCUACAAGACCUGCGAAGCUGUGAAUCUUGACUUCAACCAGGCGUUCCAGCAACUGGUUGUGGCGCCGUCGCCGACAGCCACAAGAGCACCGGCCAAGUUCCAGCAUCCGGCAGGAAAAGAUGCAAGUGGUGUCUAUCCAGUUGCCGCGGAUUGCAUCAUCUCCUUCUUCUUUUGCCUGGAUGAGGCACGCAUGCGCCUGGUCCCUGAACAUGAAGGCUUGGAUGGCCGGUUUCGAGGUCCUCGGCCAUUGGCGUCCAUGUACAUCGACCGGCACCUUCAGAUGGUGCAGCGCUUGCAGCAGUGCGUGGUUGUCGUGGAUCCCUAUUCGACCGGCGGCAUGCUGGCAGCGGAGUUGCUGCAGCGGAACUACUGCGUUAUGGCCUUGUGGACCUCAGAAGUGCAAGAGAACCGUGGGCACUUUCCGGCAGCCGCGAAAGGCGUCCCAGAGAAGUUCUUGUGCGAACUCGAAGAGCAGGAGACUCUGGCAGCGACCGCGGCGACCAUCCAGAAGGCGCUGGGCGCUGGCAUGGAGCUGGUCGCCGUGAUGUGCGGUGGCGAGACCGGCGUGAAGGUUACCGAUGCGCUCGCAGAGUUCCUGGGUCUUCAAGGGAACAGCACCGCAGAUGGAAUGGAGAACCGUAGGGACAAGCGGGUCCAGCAGGAAGCCGUCAAGGCAGCCGGGCUCCGAUCCGUUCGCUCGGCCUGUGGCACCUCGUGGAGCGAGGUCAGCGACUUCGCCGCGCAGGAGGCCCUGCCCCUGAUCGUGAAGCCCGUGGAGUCUGCCGGCUCAGAUGGAGUGAAGAAGUGCAACACCUUCGAAGAGGCAAAGGAACACUUCGAGCUGCUCAUGAAUUCGCAGCGCAAGUGUGGUGCUCAAGGCGCAGCGGUCUUGGUACAAGAGUUUCUCAAAGGCACAGAGUACAUCGUCGACAUCGUGUCAAGAAAUGGGGUCCACAAGACGACCAUGGUUUGGGUGUACGACAGAAGAGCCGCCAACGGUGGCGAUUUCGUGAUGUACGGACAGAAGUGUGUGCUUGCAGACGAUCCUGUGGCGCAACAGCUGAUUGCUUACAGCAGAGGCUGCCUGGAUUCCCUGAAGGUCACCAAUGGCGCAACACACACCGAGGUGAUGAUGACUGCCGACGGGCCAUGCCUCGUCGAGGUCAACAGCAGGUGUCACGGUGCUGCCGGGGCUUGGAUGCCUCUCGCGGAAGCACUCACCGGCUAUACGCAAGUGGGAGUUUGUGUGGAUGCCUUCUUGAACCCCGAGGCUUUUGAUCGUUUGUCCGAGGUGCCUCCCUCACCAUUCCUCAAGGCGGGAGAGAUGGUCAGUCUCAUCUCUUUCCAGGAGGGUGUCGUUGCGGGCACACCUGGUUUUGACGCAGUCAGGAGACUGCGCUCCUACGUUUCUCUGGAGGAGAACGUCCAUGUAGGAGACCGUGUACAGAAAACGAUAGACCUUUUCACUGUCACCGGCUUGGCGGUUUUGAUCCAUGACGAUCCGCAAGUCCUGGCAGAAGAUAUUUCGCUCAUCCGGAAGAUGGAGGUCGAAGGUAGCUUGUUCGAUCUGCAGGCAGAGCUCUCCCCACGCAGUGGGUCGCCUGUCCUGGGAGUCCUGCCUUCUUGCUUUGAGUUCAUUGUUUCCUUGGUCUGGAGCCUCGCGCCCAGCGCCGGCGCCAAACUUCGGCGGAAGCUCUCCAUUCGAAAGGUCGUGCCGCUGCUGGCCCACUUCAGAAGCCUCAAGGGUCGCUCAGACGAACAGCAGCUGCUUCUUGAUGCCCUGUCGUCUGAUUUCACCCUUGAGUACGAGUUUCUGGCGCAGAUUGGCGAGGACUCCUUCAAUGGCAUCGACGCGAUGGUGAGUCUGUUGCCAGGGGUGCACAGGUCACAGCUGCGUUUGUUCCUGGCACUCACGAAACUACCACGGCUCCGUGAAUACAUCAAGGUCUACAAGCGCUGUGAGAGGCUUAUGGUCUUCAACGCGGAAUGCCCAACUGGGCGCUACAACCUUAACCUGGCGCAGCCAAGCGACUUUGCCGUGGCAGAGUUGCUGAAGAUGCUGGAUGCGUGGGAGUCAUCUGUGGCCAAAGCGAAGGGUUUGGAAGACCGCUCCAAGUACGGCAACUGGUCGAGUGUCCGUAAUUGCAUCCACCAGAGCCUUACCAUUCGCUCUUUGACCGAAUGGAUACUUCCGUGCUCGGAGCUCCUCUUCCUGGACUUCGUCACCUGGCGCCGACCGGCCAAGGACACGACAACUUUCCCGGCAGAAAGGUGGGACGAGAUGAUGGUGCAGCUAGCGCAGGCGCCUCUGCAACAAGAGGCCAAAGUUCACGUCCUGCGAGGGCUUGCUGACCGUAUCUACCUGUCUGCGGCGCAGUGCCGCCAGCUUGUGGCCGUAUUCGGGGACCGCACCUUCCGCCUGGAGGCCUUGACAUUCCUCCUUCUGCGGCUUUCGGAUCCACAGAACAUGAAGAUGAUUGUCUCACGCAUCGCCCCGGACGAGUGGGACGAGCUGAAGCUACGCCUCGGUACGCUGACGCUCUUCCCCUACAUCCAGCCAGAGCAGUACCGCUUCGUGUUCGACACCACGAUUCCUGAAGAUCGGCUUGCUGCCUGCCUGACUGUACGGAUGAACUUGAAAGAAGCGCCUGGCCGCUUGGGGAACCUGCGCCAGCCUAGGCUUGUGCUUGCAGACAAGAGCGAGUUUGCUUUCGAUCGAGGCGUCCCAGCAACCUGGAAGGAUUUGCAGACGAUCCCGAACGGCAUGCUGAGCUGGCAGUACAUGGCAGCUCCAGAGGAUCGGAGUCUGGACAUGAGGAUCGAGAAUCUGCUCAGAUACGGGGGCUGGAACACUGAAAUCCAGAGCUCCAAAGUCGUUUGGUGGGCAGACGUGCAGGCUGUGCCAGAGGCUGUCAGCACUUUCUUGGUGCAUGUCAUGCGUCACUUCAAGCACAAUCUUCGAGCGGCUUUCCAGAUGAUUGACGGGCCAGACGGCAAUGGCAAGCUGUCCUUGAAAGAGUUCAAGGAUGCCUUUGGAAGACUCGGCUGGCGAGAGUUCAAAGAUUCAGAGAAGGCAGUUGAGCUCUUCCGAUACCUCGAUCCAGAUCGGGGAGGUUCCAUCUCCUGGGAGGAGUGGCAGGUCAUGGACGAUCUUCUCAAGGAGCUGCAGCUGGCCAUUCUGGAACUGCUUCAGUACGUUGACCGCACCUUUGGCAGCGUUGAGGUUGCCUAUGAAUUCUUGGACAAGGACGGGAGCGACUCCGUCGACUUGGACGAGUGGUGUCAGGCCAUCAAGUCCAUGGGCUACCAUGGCCCGAGUGGUGUGAUCUACAAGUACCUGUGUGCAGACGCCUCCACGGGAACGCUGCUGGCCUUGUCCCGCGAGCGCUGGGACGAGGUGAAGGUCCUCUGGGAGCGCCGUGAAGCCAUCUACCGGAGGCCCGGAUUCUCCAAGGCGGAUGACAAGACUCUGCGUUGCUGUGUUAAUGUCGGGCAUUGGGUCAACAGAUACUUGCCCACCUACAGCCCGCAUCUGGCAAACGUCACAGCGGCCAAAGUUGGCAAACAGAAGCAGCAGAUGCCUCGCAUCGUCGUUCAGCUUUAUGCAUACCAGGCCUGCCGGGCACUGGGCCAUCUCCAUGCCAGCGGCGUGGUCCACAGGGACAUCAAGCCACAGAACUUGCUCGUGGAUGCGUCACGGGGGCAUCUGCUCAAGUUGUGUGACUUCGGCUCGGCGGCCCGGCUCAGCCAGGGGCGGCCCGCCUUGGUUGCCUAUAUCUGCUCUCGCUACUAUCGCGCACCGGAGCUCAUCUUCGGUGCCACGAACUACACGACGGCCGUGGAUCUGUGGUCCAUUGGCUGCGUACUCGCGGAAAUGCUUCGAGGGCGGCCGCUCUUUCCUGGCGAAAACGGAGUGGACCAGCUGGUGGAGAUCGUCAAGGUCCUUGGAUCACCGUCUCGAAGACAGGUCUUGGCGAUGAAUCCUCAGUACUUCAGUUUCGCCUUCCCGAACGUUCCCCCGUGCAGCUGGGGCACCAUCUUUCGGAAAACCGUGGCGCCAGAGUUCAUCACUCUGCUGGCAGAAUUCCUUCAGUACGACCCCGAGGCACGCAUCAAGCCCCUCGAGGCUUGUGCCCACAGCUGCUUCGACAGCCUGCGUGAAGAGCAGGCGCGCUGUCCGGACGGCCAGCCGCUGCCUCCGGAUCUCUUCAACCUCACCCAGCGAGAGCUCCGCAGCUGCUCCGCCAGCCUGCACGAGCGCCUGGUACCGGCCUGGCAUGCUGCGCGCUGCCCAGGCAGCCCACCGCAACCACAGGCAGCUGGUUAA